AUUCCAUCACCUUCGAUUGCACUACCGUAGCAAUAUUACACGGUGAACACGGAGCAGCAGCAAACAGGUAACAAAACAAUAACGAGUUGCCACUCGCCGAGAUCCAAGCAAGACUCAGUCGAGUGUUGUGGUUGAAAUCCAAGCAAGUCAGAGUCGCGUGCUGUUGUCGAAAUCCAAGGACGACAGAUAUUGAUUGUCAAUGCUGAAUUGAACUGAAUUUCUCCCCGUUCAAAUCCUUCGUUCCCACCGUUAUUACCGGUUUGGGCAGGUGCUCCUGGUUCAGUCGAUUGUAAAUUUUUGAUUUUUGAUUUGCCCGUUUGUGGAUCGAUCGAUUCUGAUCGACCCUUUCGGUUCGCGUACACCAUGCGUAAUCCUUCAUCCUCAGACGACGAGGCGGUGGGCCCUUUGUCGUCCACCGGCGGGGCAACAGGAGGCACAGCGUCAACUGCUGCCACCAGACGGGGAAGGCGACCGGCUGGAGGAACCCUCCGUCGCCGCCGAGGCGAAGUGGAAGUCGAUUCGAGCGACGAGGACAGCRCCGGAAGCCAGGACCUCCGUGAAAACUUCGAUCGUCGAAGAAACUCUGAUUCGAGAUCGAGUUUGAGCUCCAGUCUGAAUACGACUUUGAAUUCGAAUUCUCAAUCCUCGAGGCAGCGGGCACCGGCUUCAAGCGACAAAAAUACUUCCGGGAACGCUGGAAACGCGGAUGAGAGUCUCAGUGGUGACUACGGUUCCUCUCCAUCCGGCUACAACGGAAGAGAACCAUCUUCGGCAGCGCCGUCGCASUCGCAACGAGACGUCAUUCUAGAGGACGCAGACUCGAACACGCUGCGGAUCAUGAUCAGCACAGACAACCACGUGGGAUACGCCGAAAACGACAACAUUCGGGGGAACGAUUCGUUCGCUGCUCUCGAAGAGGUCCUGUACCUCGCAAAAGAAUACGGAUGUGACAUGGUGCUCUUGGCAGGGGAUUUGUUCCAUGAAAAUCGUCCGAGUCGAAGGACACUGAUCAAAACAAGUGAGUGGGWAUCUAAUUGAUAUMAAAAAAUUGUUGCCCUUGGGCUGGCUCCRUUUCUUUGGUUCCAGAAACGAAACCUGUGGCGAUUUUAUUGCUUUCUCUUAUUUUCGUUCUUUAUUUCUCCGCAAAYAUCUUUUUGGUUUCUCAAUUGUGGACGAAUCGCACAUUUCCAGUGGAUAUAUUUCGUCGGUACUGCAUGGGCCCUGGAGCAAUCCAGGUGCAGGUUGUUCCUGCGUCAAGAAAAGGAAGCAAUGGCAACAGCAAGAGCAACGAGAACAAAAGUCCUUUCGUCCGAGGCUACGUCAACUACGAAGAUGCCAAUUAUUCCGUCGAUUUGCCUGUCUUUUCGAUUCACGGGAAUCAUGACGAUCCGAGCCGUGAUGGCGGUAACUCGGAGUUGUAUGCUGCACUCGAUCUGUUGGAUGUUGCRAACCUCGUCAAUUAUUUCGGCAAGCAGGAGGACACACAGAGGAUUCGGAUCGAUCCCGUUCUGUUGCGAAAGGGAAACACUAAGGUCGCACUGUACGGACUAGGCAGCAUGCGCGACGAACGACUCAACMGAAUGUGGCGGGGGGAAAACCUGACCUUUACGCGCCCCGCGGAGAGCACCAGCGACGAGAACGUUCCGGCAUGGUUCAACAUUUUUGCYCUGCACCAAAACCGCGACCGCGGCCGGGGAGCCAAGAAUUGCAUCAAGGAAGACAUGAUCCCGGACUGGAUGGACUUUGUCUGCUGGGGCCACGAGCACGAGUGCGACAUCGAGCUCGAGGAAUCCGUUGUCGGGACCUUUCGCAUUAGCCAGCCGGGAUCGAGUGUAGCGACGUCGCUCGUKGAAGGGGAAUCCGUCCGCAAGAAAGUUGCGGUGUUUGAUGUUCGUGAGGGGCAGUUCCGGUUGACGGCGAUCCCGCUGACACAGGUCCGCUCCUUUGUGGUCUCGACAGUCCGGUUGGCGGAGGAGCGCCGGCUCGAUCCAGACGAUCCCAAGGUCGACACCAAAGUCUCYAAGAUCUUGGAAGACAAGGUACGAAUUUURAUCCACGAUGCAAGAGAAAAACGAAGGGAGCUCUUGGAAGACGCCAAGAACGGGGGCAACGGCUUGGCGAGGUACUGUGCAGCCGCUGGUGGCAACCCCGAUGRCAUGCCACUGAAACACACCAUGAACAAGGAGGACGAAGUCCUGGUUCGCCUGAAGGUCGAUCACACGGGUUUUGCAGCGGUGAACAACCAGCGGUUCGGGGCAAGAUUUGUUGGGGACGUUGCCAAUCCGGUGAGWACAGUAUUAGUUGGUGUGUUUUGAGUUCUUUCUCGUGGAAAUUAUCCGAACCGAAAGUCCCGUUCUUUGCAAAAAAUCGAAAUCUCUCACACUCCACGUUUCCUGCCCCGAAUGCUGCAGACUGACAUUUUGUUGUUCACCCGUAAAAAGGCAGAAGGCGGURGAUCGCGCUCGAGCAAGUCGAUGAAGGGCAUUGCCCCAAUCGAGCCUAGCGAGAUCGAAGAAAUGAACAUCGAGGAUUUGAUUGUCGAGCAGUUCGAAUCCAGCAACACCAAACUCGAACUCUUUGACGACAAGAAGAUUUCUGCCGCCCUAGAUUCUUACGUUGGAAAACAAGAGGCGCAGGCCAUCAAUGAAACGCUCGAGAAGCUCCUGGGCAAACAACAGAAUCGAUUGAUUAAAAACGGGGCAUUGUCGGUCGCGGAGGGAAUAGAAAUGGAUGGUGAUGRAGAAGUUGGUAGAAGGAACAACGGCAAGAGACGCAACAAACGUGGAMGAGACGACGAAGAGGACGAGRACGAUGCCAUGCAGGAUUCACCACCCACCAGAAGUCGAUCCAACAAAUCGUCCCAGAGAUCCAUAAGGUCGAGAUCGACGAGAAAACGGGCGGAUUCUUACGAUAGCUUGGACGAUGGGGAUUCCAUGCAGGAGUCACCGCCCACCAGGUCGCGAUCCAACAAAUCGUCCCAACGAUCCACCAAGUCUAGAUCGACAGGCUAUGACGACGACGACAGCUACGAAGCAGCGCCUUCCCAAGUCAGGUCCAAAUCGUCCAGAACCACUUCGUCUCGAUCAACCGGUCGCAAGGCUGCUGYGCGCUAUGAAGAAAGCGAAGACGAGUACGACGACGACGUCCGGGUGGUCGACCCACCACCGCGCAGCCGCAACGCCAAGCCCGCCAGACAACGCGCAACGAGGAAAACYAUAGACUACUCGGUCGACGACAGCGAAGACGACAAGGUCGACGAUUCCCUAUCGAUCGACGAUCCCACUCCGCCGAGAAAAAAACCCACGGGACGGGGCAGAGCUKCCGCGAAACCGACGAGAAAGACCGCCACUAGUAGGAGAGACAGACGCAGCACCGACACGGCUAGCAGUGGGUUUUCCCAGUCUCAGCUGUCCUUUCAGCCCAUCAAGCGCAAGACAGSCACAACACGAGCCAAGAGACCCAGGCAMAGCUACGACAGCGACGAUGACGACGACAUGGGUCCAGCGGGACGUAGCUAUGAUGACGAUGACUGGGGGACCGCGAAAUCCGGUCGGUGAACCGAAUCAUGGUGCAUGUAGCGAUUCCACGACCGGUUUCAAGGAUGCUCAAAACGUCGUCUUSGAAACGAGCAACAUCACUUGCUAUGUUGCCAGCAGUAUAAUUGCACGAAACAAAGAGAUCACGACACCAUAUUGUUGAGUGUUCAUCGAAAAGAAAACCUUCAAUUUACAAUUCAAAUAGAGCAAAAAGCUAUUG